UAGUCUUCCAGUAUCCCGUCGACCCAGAAGCUUGGACCUUUCCCCUCUGUCAGAUCACGAGUAAAGUUGCAGAGAGUUCGGUUCCCGGAGCAGCUGGAUUGCCGACGAGUUUUCUAGCCGUGUCCACUCCAGGGGUUGGAAAUGUCCGAGGUGUUCAGCAGCGAGGUGUUCCUCGCUUACUCGACCUACAGCACCGUCGUGCUGCUGAAGAUGCUGCUGUUGGGACCCCUGACUGGAUACUUCAGGGUGACCCGAAAGGUCUUUGCCAAUCCUGAAGAUGCCAGGGCACAUGGUGGCAAGGAUGAAGAAGCUAGGAAAAAGUGUCUGAGGAUUGAUCCCGAUGUGGAGCGGGUGAGAAGAUGUCAUCAGAAUGACCUGGAGAACAUUAUUCCAUUCGUAGGCAUUGGUCUGCUGUAUGCCCUCUCUGGCCCUGACCUGUGUACAGCUGUAAUGCACUUCAGAAUCUUUGCUGCUUCCAGAAUCAUCCACAGCAUUGCUUAUCUGGUUCCUCUUCCCCAGCCAUCACGUGGUUUGAGCUGGAUGGUUGGGAUGGGAGUGACCUUUUCAAUGGCUUAUAGAGUGCUGAAGGCAGGAGUGCACCUUUGAAAGCAUUGAUUAGCACAGCAUUCUCUUUCCAAAUCUUUUUUGUUUCUCUCAUUCCACUCAUUCUAUUGAAAUUUAAUCUCUAAUUGUGUUGAAGUAAUGGAAGUGUUAAAUGUAAUCGAUUGUUGAAAAUGAAGGGGAUAAUGGAAGACAAGACAAAAAAUAUCCAAAGCGGUUUAACUUGGUGUCUGUGUGUGUGACUAACCAGUGUCUUUUUAAAAUGGGUAAAUCUGUUUUGGGAUAGAUUUCCAAAAGGAAUUAGAACAAUGAUAAUUUGGAGAUUGCCAUGCCAUUUGUUGAUCAGUACAAUGAUUUAAAAUAAUAUCAAACACAUCUUGGGUGAAUUAACUGGAAUGUUCAGUAUUCCUUUAUUUUACUUUCCAGCUCAUUUUUAAAGGGAUUUUAUUUGGCAAAUGUAUAAUUAAUAGUGAUAUGGUCUUGAUCCAGUUUUUGACUUUCUAGUAUAUGCUCACUGCUUUAAUGGGGAGGUAGAUAGCUCAUUGACCACGUCUGACAGCAAAAGAUAUUUUCUAAUCUGUUCAGAUGUGUUGUAGCAUACCUCUGCAGCAGGUCAUGAUUUGGAGGUGCUGGUGUUGGACUGGGAUGUACAAAACUUAAAAAUCUCACAACACCAGGUUCUAGUCCAACAGGUUUAUUUGGAAGUACAAUGGGGCCUCUGAAUCUGACUUCAAUUCGUUCCAGGAGAUUGCUCUGAUUGCGAAAGGUUUGGAUUCCAAAACUAAUUUUGCAAUAAGAAAUAAUGGAAAGUGAAUUAAUCAAUUUCUGGACCAAAAAAAACAUUUUCAAGAUCCUUUUUAACUGCAAAUACAUGUGGUUAAUGUAAAAUAAGAUGAGUAAGUGACCUAAAUAUCAUGUAGUAGUAAUAAUAAAAACAAGAAAUAAAUGUA